CAUAUAGCUUACACUGUGUUAGCAACAAAAGUACCAAAAGCUGGAAACCAAAAUCGAGUCAAUCAUUUUUUUAGCAUUUUUUGAAAAUUCAGUACUUUUUUAGUUAUUGAUUGCAUUUAAGUUAGCAUUUAAUCGGUUUUUUCAUAGUGACCACUGGCCACACAUUAUCGCAUUCAACCGCUGAUAUGGCUUUGUAUGAACAAUCUAAAGACUAUCCAAUUGAUGGUUGGGUUGAAGUGUUGGCCAACAACGGCGGUCAUUACAGAGCACGUGUUGUUGAUGUGAUUGAUAGGUCGGAUCCGUGUGUAUGCGACCCGUCGGUGUCACGAAUGCCGAUGGAUGUGACACAAGUGAUUGUCUGCUACGACUCGAGCUGUUCAUCUGAAGUAUUCCCGAUAAGUCGUGUUCGGUUACCGCCGGCCGAAACAACACCCGAUGAAUCUAAACUAAUGAAGGACUUUGCCGAAGGCCAAGAAGUUGAAAUAUUGGCGCCGGAAGUUGAGGGCGACAAACAUGAGGCCUAUUGGCCGGCAGUUAUUAAAUUGAAGAAAGGUGAUGUCUAUGUUGUCUCGUAUGCGAUAAGCGGCAAAAAAGAGGACGAAAAGACAGCCGAAGUCAAUGACAAUAAUAGUUCACCGACAGUAUCGCUGCCACAAUUUGUUACCAAUGAGAAGGUUCGGUCGGUUAAUGCGAAUCCUUACAUAACUGCGAAUCCAUUUUUCAAGUUUGUGGUGAUCGUACCGAAUGAGUUGAUCACCGAUAAGAUUACUUCGGGUUCGAUACGCUUGAGUGAAACGCAUCGACACUUUCGCAGCGCUCUAUCACUUGUUAAUGUUUACUAUGCCGAACACAUGACGGCACUGGUCUGUAUCGGUUACGAACCGGCGGUUAAAGGUUACGCUUUUGAAAUUACUAAAAAGCGGGCCUCAAUGCUAGCCGACGAUCACUUCAAGGCUGUGAAGUUGAUCGCCGCAAUGAAAGCGGAAAACGAGUCGAUCAUUACUCAGGUGAAGAGUAUGGAUGAUGUGGUCCCACUCGACGGCAAUCGAUUUGAGGUUAAUGUCAAAAUUGAGGACCACCUGAUCGGUGUUGCUAUCGGUACUAAAGGCGCUUAUUUGAAGCGUGUGUUGGCUCAACCGGGCGUACAAUCUAUCAAUAAUUAUGACGGCAUAUUCAAAAUUAUCGGUGAUUCUCGAAAGGCAUGUCUGACGGCUAAAUCCAUGCUUCAGAUAAUCGAUUACUACUUUGAUGUUCCGCGCAAAUUGGUCGGCCAUGUAAUCGGAAAAUCUGGUAACAGUGCUCAAGAACUGACCGACCGAUCGGGACUGAUAUCUUGUAAGAUUAUAGGCGACGAUUCGGAAGAAUCCCCCAAAGAGUUUGUAAGCUUUUUGUUUACCGGAACCCGUGAUGCCGUCGAAAAUGCUUUACUAUUACUCGAGUUUCAAUUGACUGUUGUUAAUGAAUGUCUCGAAAUGGAGAAACAGUUUGGAGGACAACGAAAACCUAAACGACACAUAACUGCUAAUUAAAAAAAAAACUGUUUUCAAUUCAAUCGAUUCAGUCAUAAUUAUAGAGUACUUUUUUGAGCCACUAAUUCAUAUAAAAAAUAUAAAUUAAAUAAAUUUUGCUUAUUAUAGUCUAACAAUGUUAUGACUACUUGUGAUAAUACAACAUUGAAAAUAAUUGCC